AUGGACCGCGAGGAUUUGCCCGGUUGGCCUCCCAGAGUCGAGCUGGAUGGACUCAUUGAAGGCUUCGAUACCUCGACUUUGGAUGUGGACCCUGACGAGGCAGCAUGGAGGGGACAAAGUAUCGUAGCCCCCCAAGCACAGUCGUCUCAAUACAUUGUCGGAUCUUCCAGCUCAGGAAUUGUCAGAGCGCCCGUUCCACAGGUGACGAGCAGUGUGCCCACUUCGAGACCGCUGCCUCAACGGAGAGCUGCGUCUGCCAGCCAAGUUGCUCCUGUGAGCUACGGAGACCAAAGCUUCUCAGCUACCUCCUUUGAGCCGCCCCUGCGAUCAAUCUUCGUGUCGGGGCCCCCGACCUCGUCGGUGUCUGCAAACACGGCUCUGGCUUCGUUGAGCGGUGCAAUAUCCUCCAGCACAUCUGGCCCAUUAGCUGCAUUGACCAGUGCUGGCGGAAGCCGGCGCCUCCAGGCCCGAGUAGGGGAUGUAACACCGUCCAGUUCCCCAGCUCCUGCGACUAACAGGCACCCUUUACUAAACUUGGAGAAGGAUGUCGACGAUCCGACCACAAACACCACUGCUUCCCCCUGCGAUGGUGCAUCCACAAACACAUCUGCGGCGCUCGCCCGCCUCUUCAUCACCAGUGAUGGACCGACGCCGACGGUCUCUCGAGGUCCCUCACACAUCCAUCAAUGGUCCGGCAUUGGCCGAAUCUUGGGAGACACAAGUACAUUGGCAGGGCACCUGCUUCACAAUGGGUUUCAAGGGGGUCGUCAUUCGGACAUCACAAUCCACGCCUUUGGUCAAAGCUACAGGCUUCACAAAUUACUCCUCGACAGGGUACCUUUCUUUUCCUCGGCGUUCUCUGGCUCUUGGUCGGAGAGUACGGCGAAGGAGAUGAAACUGUCGCCAGAGGAUAUCGAUUCCAACAUCACCAAAACUGCGUUUGAGCUGGCCCUGAAACGGAUCUAUGGUACAGAAUGCCCGAUGCAGGAGGAAGAAGAAGCCAUAGGCCUAUUCGCCACAGCCUGUUGGCUAGACAUGCCUGAUCUGGUGGAUUCCUGUGUGGAAUCAAUACUGCGGCAAAUGCAGCCUGCUACGCUUCACAGCUUGAUCAAGCUGGUAACUAAUAACUACUAUGGCAGGGCCGGCGAUCGAAUUCUGUCUUCCGCCAAAGCGAUGCUUUGUCGAGAAGGAUGGGAAAUGCCUUACGAAUAUUGGGACGAAAUUCCUGCCGAACUGAUCCGCGAAAUUGUUGGAGGCGAUCCCUUCUUCAUUCCUGGCGAAUGGGACCGUUGGUAUUUGGCAUUGAAGCUGUUGAACCGACGGCUGAGGGCUAAAGCCGUCGAAGCUGGGCUAGUCUCCCCUGGCGGACGAUAUCUCCAUCCAAAGCCGAGCAGUCUUCAAUUCUUUGCUGUUAGGUUCGACGCGCCCUACAGGAUAGCAACUCACCAUCGAUAUGUCUCUGAAAGGGACGAGGCCUGGAUUGCCUUGUAUACAUCUCCCGAAAUAGCACCGCUCUUGGUGUUGCUCGAUGAAGGUAUACACUAUGUGCACCUUCGAUUUGAGCAGUUGCAGCAGAUUCGGUCACAGAGGGACAUCCUUGGCGUUCCGGUUCUCCCGGAGAAGGUCAUCUCUGAUGCGUUAUGGAUGUCACUGGAACUCCGACAGAAAGUGCUUAAUGCCCGAGAAAGUGACAUUGAACUGGGGUUGAGUGAAUUCGCCGAGGAUUACGAGGAGGAUGAGCUGCAAGCCGAGAGAACGGCAGUAUCAAGCAAGGGGAAGAUGCGGGAACAGAAUCAUGUAAGUCCCAUUGAGGUCUCACAAGACAUGGAGUCGGGAUCAUGGGAUGGCAAUGGCAAAGCCCGAAAGUUCUGGAUCCCCGAUCACGACGUGUCUUGCGUGAUGGGAGGCACGCGUGAAGCGUCUGCAGCAGCCAAUGCAACCGCUGGGGCGGACUGGAGCACACAAGCAGCCAGACUCUCGGCCAUUCUAGAACCGACCGAUGUCGCUUGGGCCUUUGACUUCACCGCAGGAAAUGUCACUGAAAGUGGUCGUCCACCUUCACGAAACCAUUCACCCACCUCCAGACCACGGUACAGUCAUUAUCCGCCUUUCAGAUUUUCUGCCGAGUUUCCCAACCCGCGGACGCUCAAGGACAGGAAGAGGGUCUACUCGCAGACAGUAUGGUAUGCCGGGAGUAUGUGGAACCUAUAUAUUCAGCGAGUCAUUACUCCGAAGGUCCAACAACUCGGCAUAUAUCUACAUCGAGCGAAAGAUAAAGACCCACACGAUGAUCCGCUUGCUCAGUUUGUUCCUGCGACUGUGGACGACCGGAUAGGGCAGCUCGAGCGUGAGAUGCUACUUCGAAAGAGCGGGCGCCGGAACCAGACCUGGCGUGUCAAUGAAGCAGGGCGAGGAUUAGACGGUGCACACGAAGAGGGACCCGCAUCGUCAUUGAAUGAAUUCGAAUAUGCAAACAUCGAUCCUGCCGAAGACGGGACUACGUCCACAACUCGUCGAGCGGGCGGUUCGACGCAAACCGGGAAGACAUCGCAGACUGCCGGAACCGUGGGCAACGAGUUCUGCCCGGCUGAUGCUCAGAUGUUGGAUUCAGACGAAGAGGAUGAAGAGCUAUUACGGAGCAAUCGAAAGUACAAUGUCUCGGCCAUUCCGCCUUACAUGGACUCGCGCCCAACAAUCAAGACGUACUUCAAGAUUUAUUCACCAAGCAGGGCAGGCCGACUUCUGAGCAUUUACGAGAGCGCGCCCGAUAGGUUUGAUGUGAGCAAAAGCUGGGGCUGGAAGAGUGGCCAAAUGCAGCUUGACGAUGGCCUGGGAGACUGUGACACGGGCAAGGCCAGCAAGGAGGGAAAGCUAAGAUAUAUGGUGGUCAUUGGGAACAUCUGA